CCUGCCAUAUUUAUUCAUGCCGGGCAAGAUGGCGGCGAUACGGACGAGGUGUUAUUGCCAGUGGACAUGAGAAAGAAUUUUAUUCACGCCGUUAAACCGAGUCGGACACGUUUCUACACUCGGCCGCUUUGUCUGCGUUUUCACCAAGGGACCAGCGUCGACGUCGGUUUUUUUAUUCCACGCGUUUCAACGUCUCGGUGCCACGAAAUGUUCACGUUGUAGCUCGCUCGCUAACCGACCAGCUGGCUAACCGAGAGCAGUGCCUAGCUAGCUAGCUAUCCAUCACAGCCAAGCCGCCGUGAAGUGUAGAAUGGGAGAAAAGCUGGAGCUCAAGCUCAAAUCGCCGGUCGGAGCAGAACCCGCAGGGUACCCGUGGCCCUUACCAGUAUAUGAUAAACACCAUGAUGCUGCUCAUGAAAUCAUCGAGACCAUACGGUGGGUGUGUGAGGAGAUCCCAGACCUCAAACUGGCAAUGGAAAAUUAUGUUCUCAUUGACUACGACACAAAAUGCUUCGAGAGUAUGCAGAGACUGUGCGACAAGUACAACAGGGCCAUCGACAGCAUUCAUCAGCUAUGGAAGGGGACCACCCAGCCCAUGAAGCUGAACAAGCGUCCAUCCAACGGACUGCUAAGACACAUCUUACAGCAGGUGUACAACCACUCAGUGACCGACCCGGAGAAGCUGAACAACUAUGAGCCUUUCUCCCCUGAGGUGUACGGAGAGACGUCUUUUGACCUGGUGGCUCAGAUCAUUGACGAGAUGGAAAUGAUGGAAGAUGACACCUUUGUUGACCUCGGCAGUGGAGUUGGACAGGUAGUGCUGCAGGUUGCAGCAGCAACUAACUGUAAACACUACUAUGGGGUGGAGAAAGCAGACAUUCCAGCCACCUAUGCAGAGUCCAUGGAUAAAGAAUUUAAAAAGUGGAUGAAAUGGUAUGGGAAGAAACAUGGGGAAUACACACUCGAGAGAGGGGAUUUUCUCUCUGAGGAAUGGAAAGACAGAAUUGCCAACACAAGUAUUAUUUUUGUGAAUAACUUUGCCUUUGGUCCAGAGGUAGAUCACCAGCUGAAGGAGCGCUUUGCAAACAUGAAGGAAGGUGGAAAAAUAGUUUCCUCCAAACCUUUUGCACCUUUAAAUUUUAGAAUAAACAGUCGAAACUUGAGUGAUAUUGGCACAAUAAUGCGUGUGGUGGAGCUUUCUCCACUGAGGGGCUCUGUGUCCUGGACUGGAAAACCAGUUUCCUACUACUUGCAUACCAUAGACCGCACCAUACUUGAAAACUAUUUUCAUAGUCUCAAAAAUCCUAAACUCAGGGAGGAGCAAGAGGUUGCUCGGCGACGUCAGCAGAAAGACACGAAGGACAAUAAAAGCAAUAGUACCACGCCCACAAAACCGAAAGAACAAAACAAGCAACAGGACUCCUGUGGGGAGGAAGAGCGUCCCAGCCUGGUGACAGUGGUCAAGCCCUCCGCCAAACCCAGGAGAACCCGGAUCUUGUCCAAAGGUCGAAAGUUGAACAACAAGAAGCGCGGCCGACCCAAGAAAGCUGCCCCGGCUGCCGAGAAGAAAAACAAGAAGAAUCAGAGCGCGCUGGACUUGCUGCACGCCAAGACCCUUUCUGCGGCACCCCCUCAGGAUGCAUACCGGCCACCUCAGAGUCCCUUCUACCAGCUACCUCCCAAGGUCCAGCACUAUCCCUCUAGUCAACUGCUGCUGAGCCAGACUCCGCCUGGUCUGCAACAACUGCUAGAUAACAUCAAAGUUCAGUACAUCCAGUUUAUGGCCUACAUGAAGACUCCUCAGUACCGCUCCAACCUGCAGCAGCUUUUAGAACAGGAGAAGCAAAAACACAGGGAUCUGUCGGGACAGGCGGAGCAACUCCACUCUGUCUGUCACUCUCACAAGGACAGGAUCAAAGGUCUCUUUCAGACUAAACUAGAUGAGCUGGGAGUGAAAGCCCUGACUGCGGAAGACCUGCUGCAGGCCCAGAAGGAGAUAUCGGCUCACAACCGUCAGCUGAAAGAGCAGACCAAACAGCUUGAGAGAGACAUGGCCUUACUGAGAGACCACAGCCUGCUACUGUUGAAGUCUCGAUGUGAGGAGCUGAAGCUGGAUUGGGGCUCUUUGUGUUUAGAGAGUCUGUUGAAGGAGAAGCAAGCACUGCGCAGACAAAUAUCUGAGAAACAGAGACACUGUUUGGAGCUGCAGAUCAGCAUUGUGGAGCUGGAGAAAAGUCAGCGGCAGCAGGAGCUGCUUCAGCUCAAGUCGUACAGCCCCUGUGAUGGCUCCCCAUACAGGAAGAGCCUGGAAUCGCGCUCUUCCACAGACUUGGACUCCUCAAAGCUCGGCCUGUCCUCUGCCCCAGCCCUCAAUGGUGUCAGCCAAGAGCUUUCCAUUAAUGGCACCAGCUCACCAUGUUUCGACCGCGCCAGCACAAAGGGAGAGCUUCUUUCGCGCUACCUGCCCAUCUCUCCCGACCACGAGAUCGUACUACCCGCUGCCCCUGACGCUCGGCAGAGGCAGCAAAGCUCCUUCCACACUCUUCCUGACUACACACGCUUCUCCCCUGCCAAGAUUGCCUUGCGGAGGCACCUUAACCAGGACCCCACUGCCUCAAUGCACCUAAGAGGUCCGGGGCUGACCAUGCACAGGGAAUUUGUUGGUGUUAACUCACCACUUGGAGCCAAACAGAACUGCCCCUCUCCCAAUGCAUUGGAUGCACAGAAAAGUUCAGACAGGGGUUGUAAAGAGAGGAGUCCAUCUGUUCAGGUUGAUAACAGCAUCACAAGCCUUCCAAUUAGCAUCCCCCUGAGCACUGUCCACCCAAGUAAACUACCUGUCAGCAUUCCACUGGCCAGCGUGGUGCUACCCAGCCGAGCUGAGAGACUGAGAAGUACUCCCAGUCCCGUCUCUCAGUCAGGCCAGACUAAUGGAUAUUCAUCCAGCUCAGGGCUGAUGAAUGGAGGUCCCCACCCUGAGGACCAUAAUGGUGCUUCUUCAUCACCUCUUCCACACAGCAAUGCUCCUCUGACAGGACCCAUAGGUCGAGGAGGUCCCAUCCAAAGCCCCCCACUCAGUACUGGAGGGGUGCUCCAAUAUGCAGACGGACCACCAAGGAUUCUUCCAGAAGAUGGACAAGACCGCCAGGGAGGUGAAUCUGACACUGAGCCCCAGGAUAGUGAACUGCGGAGGAGAAUCUUCUUCUCCUCGUCCUCCUCAUCCACGUCUUCCACUUCGUCAGGCAGUGGAGGCAGCGUGGCCGGAGGAUCACGCCUCCACCAUCACACUGGCAACUCAGCCAAGCAGGGAUACCACAGUAACCAUGGAAACCACCAUCACCAGUCGCCUGGCACACAGUACACACACACCCCCACACAUAUGCUGUCAUCACAUUCCUCUCACAGCCUCGGCUCUCAGGAGGGACGCAAGCGUGGGAGACGAAAACGCAGCUCUGCGGGGCCUGUCACGGCCAGCGGAUCCCCAAAGAGGAGGUCGUUCCCUGGGCUCAGCUCCAACACCCACUCCUCAGGAUCACCACUCAACAUUAACACCAUGGUCAACAACAUCAACCAGCCUCUGGAGAUCUCUGCCAUCUCUUCACCAGAACAAUCAAGCCGUAGCCCCAGUGGGCCUGACCUGGACCAGCCUCCCAUCUUGAAGAGAGAGCGGCCCUUGGAGCUCAAUGGCACAAGUCGUUACUCCUCACCCCCCAGCUCGGAUGACGAUGACUCAGGAUACCCUGCUGACAGCUCUAGUUCUCGAAUUGAAAGAAAAAUUGCAACUAUAUCCUUGGAGAACAGGGAUGGACCAAGUAGAUUAGGGGAUAAUGAAAGAGGCAGAAAAUCUGGUAGCAGCAGUGGAAACAGCACAGGUAGUGAAGGCUCCUCUUCAUCCUCCUUGUCCUCUACCAGCAAAUGGAAAUCUACUUUUUCACCUAUAUCUGACCUAAAGCAACCCAACUCUGACCUUAGACAGGGGGGCUCCCCUUUCGGCAUGGGGGGUUCCAGCCGGGGGACAGACUCAGAUUCUGACCACAAACAACAACAUCAGCAAGUGAGAAAAGGGAGUGACGGAGAGUCGUCCAGCUACAUGACCCCCAAUCCCUUCCUCAGUCAGGAGGCAGGGAGCCGAAGUGGAGGCAGCGGAGCUCAGGGAGGCGGCAGCUCUGAACAGCGCCAGACCCACCAGAAGCAGAAGACCCCCCGUGACUGGGAUCUGAAGACGAGCAGCAGCCUGGCCAGUCAGAACCUCUUCAUCUCUGCAGCUGCUACCAGUGGAGGGGGAAUUCUGAGUGGGAAGGUGGGCGGCAGCCCUGUAGCAGUUUCCUCAACCACGGGGUCGUCUGUGGGACAGUACCUGGGGUCCCAGUUCCCGCUUGGAGGGGCAUCAGUGUUACAAUCCUUGUUCGGGGCCCAGACAGGCGGGUCCACGGUGUCUGGGACCCCGCGGCUCGUCAACGGACACUCUGCCAUGGGAAGCUUCUCCAGUGCAGGGCUGGCAGGGGGAGCGGCUGGAGGUAUAUUUCACCACGUGGUUCCAACAGUGUCCUCCCAUCAGUUUGGGGCAGCGCUGCCUGCUUCUGGAGGCCUCGGCUCUCUGCUCAGUCUCUCCUCCUCUUCCUCUACCUCCUCCCAAACCCAGCAGCGCACCUCCCCCCAGCCGCCCUCCACACGCCUGACCUCCGUGUCUUCACCUCUCCCGCUCUCACAGGCUCAGCACAGCCGCACUCAGUCAGUGCUGCACAGCCCCUCUCCUCCCACGCUGUCCCUGCCCCCUCCACCGCCCCUGCACAGCGUCCCCUCCUCCUCAGCACCCACGCACUCUGACGCCCCACCAUCGUCCCGGUCAGACCCCCUCUACUCCUCCCGUCUCUCCCAUUCUUCUCUCCAUCACCAGAGAGGACAGUCAUCCCUCUCUCUCUCCAUCUCCUCCUCCACCUCUGCUUCUGUCUCUGCUGCCGCUACUGCCUCCCUCUCCUCUUCCUCCCUGUCCACCUCCUCCUCGUCUCGUCCAUUCACAGUGCACUACUCCCCUCGGCUGCCCCCUCCACCACCGGCCACAAGCUCAGGUGGUGGCGGGAGCAUGUGGAGGACUCAGGGCAUGCAUGGAAACUACAUCGCCUCCCAGCUCCCCGGCUCCCGACCUAGAUAGGGUUUUGGGGAGGGGGGGGAGGUGGGAGAAUGCAGAGGGGGGGCGGGAAAGGGGCAAUCAGAAGGUGGAGAGAGGCAGAGAAUGAGAGAAAGAGAGAGACUGGUAGGGAGUGAGAGACAGGAAACCUGUUUUUCCUGUGAUCCUACAAGCUGUUGUUCUGAUUGAACAAGGUAAGACAGAUCUAAGGUUUAAAAAAUGUGUUGAACGAUCCCCCAAAAAAGUUGGUAAAACUCAAAUGAAAUAUGUUUGUUCAAAUUAAAGUGAAUAAGUUAUAUUAACCCGAUUUAUUAUUAUAAACAAAUUAGGGAUGCCAAGUUGGAGAAAUUCACCCAGUGGAUAAUAAACUUGUGUUGGAUCAGUUUCCAUAAUAACAUAAAAGGUCUUUUAGAAGUUUUGAAGCUGUCAUUGUAAAGUUUGAGCUCUGCAUCGCUUUCUCGUUUUAAUUAUCUUUUAACUCAAAAGGCUGAUCAUCCUUGACGAUAAACUCUCCUCAUCAUGUGAUAAGACUCUGUCUAACUCCAGUAUCAGACUCAAUAUUGAUAAUUAGAGCCACCACUGAUAAAACGAAAUGAGCCAAAGUCUUAUGUCUAUAAAAAAAAAAAAGAAGAAAGUGUACAACCGACUACCGCGGCAACUCUAGAACAAAUUGAAUUAAUUUCACAUCAAAUUUUUCUAAGACUGUUUUAGACUGUGUGUGCUGGAUGAUACAUUAGGAUUUUGACAGUGUCAUGAUUUGGUUCUGUUUUGACUCAUUUGUUUAUUUGUUGUGUUGAAUCUAUUAGCCAGUGAUCACUCAUGUGUUUUUCUACUUUGCUCCACCAGGUAACUGAUGAAAACUACCUCAACAAAAAAUAAACUAUGCAAAUGUCUAGGUGCGGACCAAGGCACUCUCCUCACUCACUGGUGCUUCAAAAUGUCUGCACUACCCAACCGCCUGCAAGACCGGCCUCUGUAGUGGGAUCUCUGAUACACAUUCUCACACACAUACAUACACACACACUAACCAGCACCACCACUAUGGUUAGCUUGAGCAGAAUUCAUUGGUACUGGUCAUGUAAAUGUUAGGAGUGUUGUUAGUGGAUUAUGCUGGUUUGAGCUCAGUACUGGCUGCUGCCCAGCACUGGCUGCUGCCCAGCACUGACUGACCUGAAUGAUUCUGUGGUUUAACAUUAACGCCCUCAACAUUAUGAUAGGUUGUCAUUUAUUUGUCUAAGUCACGACUAUAGCAACUAGUGUUCGGCAAAAUAAUCAGUUCUGAUUGAUUUUAUGUAACAUUUAACAACCGAUAAAAGCACACAGUCCAACUUUCUAGAGCUGAAUCUCAUCUGGUGUCAUCCUCUGUCCAAAUUUCAAUUUGUGUGUGUGCACACAUUAAAACAAACACACACAGGCCAGUUCACUGAACUCUGCUCACAUGUCAUGCAGCCUUCCCUCUCUGCAUGCGUGCUCUAUUGCUUGUUUUCUUCCUUCAGUAAAAUUCGGUGUUUGUUGAAGCAUAUUUGACGAACUGAGGAACUUUAUAUUUUGGUCUAACUUCACACUGGAUAGUAAGAUAGUUACUAGUGUAGCAAAAACACUCUGGCUGGAUUAUUGACACCCCAUAAACUCCGGUUAUGUGAAUGAUUUGCUCUAUUUUUAUCUUAUUCACUUUAAGGUCUGCCAUUUUUGACCCACAAAACCAAGAACUAAUAUCUCUUUUCUUUGCUACUAACUUCAGCCAAACCAUUUAAUUCACAUUGUGAGUAAUGGAAACUGUUUCAGUGUUUUAUCUUCUAAUAUGAGAUAUUUAACAUAUCAAUGAAAGUUUCUCUGGUGACAAUAAUCAGGUGCAUGUCACAUUCUCUAACGGACACAUGAAGAGUUUGAGAGAAAAUCUGUGUAAAUUAACCUUUCACAUAAAAUGAUCUGACGUCAAACUCACUUUGAAAAUUUGGUGAAUCAUUUCCAGGGGUGACAAGAACACUGAGUCGGACUCAUUAGCACAGUACAUUUUAAUGUUUAUUUUAAUAAGACCAAUGGAAUUUGAUUUAAUGAGAUGGUGCUCUGUGUUUUUUGUGUAUUGUUAGCCACACUUAUGGAAUCCCAGGUCAGGGGGGCGUGGCUGCACUGUUAAGUAAAACUGAAUCCAGGUGUAAAAGAAAAACAGUAAAACCACAGACAAUUGAACUUAUUGUAUUUGUGAAUAUUUCCUCCUCCGGUCAGUUUGAUAAGUCACACUAAUCUGUGGAGCCACAGCAGGAAUUUUUAACUUUUCUUAUGCUAAACUUAUUCAUAUUUAUCUCUGCUGUCGCAGGUUUAAGCAAAAUGUGGGUUUAUACAUUUUACAACACAGAUACACACUCAUGCAUGCAAAUCCUCACACACUGGGAAAACACAUAACCACGACAAACUACUGGACUCUUUUCACACCUUUUUGUUUGUUUUUUAUUGUGUAAUUUGUUAUUUUUGUAAACAAUGUUUGUACUGUGAAUGUGAUUCAUGCUCCAACUGUAUAGUUGUGUAUAAUUUAGAUGAUUAUAUUUAUGCCAUCAGUCUUCUUUUGCCUUGGUAUUUGUUUUUCUCUUUAUUUUUAUUUUUUCUUUUAAUCCUGAAUUGUGUCGACAGUGUAGAAUGCAAUAGUGUGUGUACUUGACUCAGUCUGAAAACCAUGGUGCUAAAUUUGGACUGUGCCUGAUUUUAUUUAUUUUCUAUUAGUGAAAACAUAAAAACAAUUCGAACACUUGGUGCUGUACACAGGGACGUUUAUAAAAGCCUUUUUUUUAGGCAUUUCCUUUUCUCAUAUUUAAUAUGCUUUUGUCUUUGAACGCCUCGUGUACAAGUGUAGACUCCAUCUUAAGAUGGAUACUGUGUAAACAGGGGCCUCUGUUCAUGUUUCUCACACAGCUGUUUUAACAUGUGUCCGGCCGCUUUCUCAAUAGUAAGUCACAUAUCUGUAGGUUAACAAGACACACUGAUUUUGUACAUAUGUUUUUUUUUCCCCUUGUAUGUCUCCAGCAUAAAACAGAAAGCUAUAUAAGAUAAGUCUCUAUAUACAGUCUAUAUGUAUAAAUGAGUAAAUAUAUAUAUAUAUAAGUCAAAAGGGGUAUUUUGGUGCUGGCAUUGCAACCCCUUAAAUUCAACCUGUUAAACAGGAGGCUUGAAGCCGGGGAGAGCGAAGCUUUGCCACCGCAGGACCUUAAUAGACGGCGUCUUAAAAACACACGCCACAGAACUAGAAACUCACAAACUGUGUAUUCAACACACAAAGGUGCUGUGACUUGAACAUAACUAGAUUCAAGCUCUAGAACUGUUAUCUCGAUUUUUAGCAGAAGUUUUCAUGUCGGUUUCUUUUUAUUUCCUUUUUUAUAUAUAUAUAUAUAUAUAUAUGUAUAUAUAUACAUAUAUAUAUAUAUAUAUAUGUAUAUAUACACACCAACCCAGAUUCUGCAGGAAAAAUGGUGCUUCUGUUUCCAAACGACAAUGAAAUCUUUACUGGUGCUUAAAGUGAAUGUCUUACUGACAAGGCCCUCCCAUGUAGAGUAAGCAUACUGUGAGACAUGCUGAUGUAAAACACUUGUGUUAGCGUGUGUGUGUGAGCAGCAAAGCUUAUUUUUCUGAUAGUGGGAUACACUUAAGCUCAGUGUGUGUGGUUUUAUGUUCCCACUUGAUGGUGCAUAUCUAAGGGAAAAUUAGACUAAUAAUAAUCAAAGCUUUAUAGUAAACUCCUGUCCUGUGCACUCACUGUGCGAACAUGAGCGUGUUUUCAGAGAGACGUUUUAGAACAUAACUAGAGACAAUAGAGUCCGUUUGUUACCAGCACUGAGAGCUCCUUUGUAAUUAUUGUCUGACGUUAUGAUUUUUCUUAUUCUUGAUGUUUGAUACGAUUACAAUUACAUGUUCUGCUUCUAACUGUGUCUUCAGAUUCCUGUCAGUUUUUAAUACUACUUGUUGGACAGACAGCACGGUGCUCUCCUUCACUUAAAACAAGGAAAUUGCAGCUAUUCAUACGAAAACAUUGCUCUUCCCCUGUUGUGCUGCAGGGUUUCAUGGGUAACGAUAGUCAACACGAGCUCGCCUGGCGGGUUUCUGGAUAAUACAGUCUAACCUAGAGAAGUUUCUCUCACAUGGAGGGGGGGUUUGUGAUGUGUGUGACGGUGAGAAUAGUUCAUGGGAACACUUAUUUUACACAGAUUUGAACCCGCCUCUUGUAUAAUCACUGAAAGGGGUGAGGUGCUGUGAUCAAAGUCCUUUGGUGCAUGAGCAUGAUUGGACCUUAAAGCUUCGAUGCAGUUCUCCAGCUUCAUCUCCAUCCUGGUACAUGAAUUCUCGAUAACCUGUGAGAGCUGUAGAGUCGAGGCCGUUUACUCUAAAUCCUGCCAAAGGUCUGAAACUCAGGAACUUCCCAGGAUGCUUGUAACGAUGCAAAAGAUUUAAACUACUGCACGCCACGACUUAAUCGCACCACACCAUCUCGUGCCGCGAUGAAGUCCCUCAGUAUUCCCCCCCCCCAAACUCAGGACCAGGACAAGCUCCUCAUUAAGUGCAUGUCAAGGUAACAAUUUAGUCAGGUCUCCUCAGAUCUAUUCUCACUGUCGCAUACAUGCAGCCUCUCCGGGGAAACGCAGCUUUAAUUAGCUUUACACAAGUCGUUCUGAUCUGGAGAAGCUGUGACACGGCCACGACUUUCAGCCUCUUCCUCAUCUCACAAAAGCCUCUGUCUGAUAUGUCUCUAAACAAGGAGGUUCACCGUCCUCUGUUGGGUUGAACUGAUGUUAAAAGAGCCGAGCGUGAACCGCAGUCUGUGUAUUGUGAUCUCUGAUUGGUGAAGCCAGGGCAGGUUUGAGGUGCAAUAACGGCAAACCUAUUUCCCAAAAGGCCCCGGGUUUUCAUUGAAAACUUGUUACUGUUCGGUGUUGGUGCUUUUAUCCUAAGAUGUUAUAAUGAAACAAAUGGAAUUAAUGGGUUUUUUUCUGCGUUUUAUGAUUAUUAAUAAAAAUGUUUCUUAUAAUAUUUGAAUUCA